AUGGAAAUGAAUGGCCCGCAGACCGGCCAGUGCUCCGGUGCAGCCUUUCACAACAAUGACAACGUCAUCACGAUUGCAAAUGAACAAGAGUGUGGUCUCGCGGGCUCGGAGUAUACUGUUCGCUACUGCCCGGACCAGGACCACUUCAUCAUCAACCUGGUGAAGCCAUGGAACGUGGAUGUUGUCCUCACCAGCCAAGCCUGCCCGUCGUCACUGAAGCAGGAUGGGAAUUCAGAGCCUGAAAAGCAGGCUAUUUUGCCAUGA